GUUUGCAGCAUUAAUUCUCGCUUUGCCAAGGUGCACAUCCUGUAUGUCGGCUCCACACCACUGAAAUCCACCUUCCGGGGGACCAUACGGAGAGAAGAUAUUCGAGCCACAGAGAAGGAUAAGGUAGAAGUGUACAAGAGUUUCCGCCCAAGUGACAUAGUCCUGGCCAAAGUUAUCUCCCUGGGGGAUGCACAGUCCAACUACCUGCUGAGCACAGCGGAGAAUGAGCUGGGCGUGGUGGUGGCACGGAGUGAGGCAGGGGUGCAGAUGGUGCCCAUCAGCUGGUGCGAGAUGCAGUGCCCGCGGACACACAUCAAGGAGUUCCGUAAGGUGGCCCGGGUGCAGCCCCAGUUCCUGCAGACCUAGCACCCUCUGCGGGGCAAGGCGCUGCCUGACUGGGGCCUGUGG